CAAUACAUUUUUUAAAUCAAUUCGUUUAAAGGAGAAUUUUACCUAUUUUUAUUUCAUCAUCAUGUCAGUUUACAAAGUUUGAUUUCUCCCCUUUCCUUCAACCUAGCAGCCGCUACUGUAAUUCAAACACGCCACUGGUUGAAGCUUCUCUUUUUCAAUUUUCAAGCAGUGAUGGGAAAGAUGUACAAGAAGAAACAACAUGUGUCUCCAAGAGAACAUCCCAAUAAGCAGGAAAACGAAAUGGACUUAAGGACAAUUAUGAAAGAUGUUGAAAACUUCAGCAACUCGCAUAUGACAUGGAAAGAGCGAAAAAAGAUUGAAGAUAGGAAGGUUGUUUCCCUUGGUGGGAAGCCUCUCAAGAAUCAGAGAUUACCUUUAAGUGUGGCACGGCCAAUGAUGAAGAAACAAAAGCAGAGAGAAGAAAAAAUGCUCCAAGAGCGUAUGAUUCUAGGACGGUUUGGGGGAAAGGUUGGUGGUAGCAACAGCAAAAAACCAGUUGGAAAACACAAGCCUCAGGAUAGGGGUUUGAAGUUAAGUGAAGGUCGUUUUAGAAAUGGUAUACUUGACGUGAAGCAUUUGUUGAAGUCAACUCCCACAAGAGGUCAUGACACCGGAAAAAAUGUGUCCAAUACAGGAAAAAGAAAAGGAGGCAACGGGAAAAAUGAUAAAAAGGGUGGUGGUAAGAAGCACGAAAUGUUCUAGAAGAUGAAAUGAGUUUUUUUUGUUCAAAUGUAUGAUUUUUAUAAAUCUGACAUUAUUCCUAUGGUAUUUAUUGUGUAUGAUUUUUAUAAAUCUGUCAUUAUUCUUACUGUGUUCAACUUCUUUAUGGGAAGUUGAUCAAUUUUGAAGGUGUUUAUGAUGUUUAUUGUU